GGAAAGAGAUAAAAUGAAAAGUGCGUCGGAGAAGUGCGACAAGGAGAACCAGCGGCCGAUGGAGGCGAGUCUGUUGGCCGACAACGAAAACGCGCAGGAUGCCCAGGACGAAGAUGCGAUGUCACCGAGCAAUAAAGGCACAGACGAGGCCGUGAGCGACGCGCUGUUGGAGAAGCUCAGAGUUUGUGCGUCCAAGCCGCAGGAGGCUGGCGACACGUUCAGGAACGUCGCGGCCAAGAUUCAUGCACGUGUUACAUCCACAGAUCGACGAGUACGCGAGCGUACGGUGGACAAGUUAUGGCGCAAGAAUUCCGGGGCGAUGGAAUUAUUCAUCGCGACGCUGGAGAAUUGCAAGGAUCACGUGGUCAACUACAGCAUCGCUGGUAUACUACACGAGUGCAUAUCACCCCGUAUCGCCAAGGGGAAGACCAAAGGGAACAAGAACAAAAGUGCCACGAAAUCCAGCAGCCGAAUGGCAGUGACGCAGCUGAUCAAUUUAGGCAUCACGCAAGUCCUAGUUAAGCUUUUAAUUAACCUGCAACAUGCGGACACCAUAUCGAGCGAAGUCCUAACGCAGGAAGUACUCUGGAUAUUGGGCCAGGUGGUCCAGAGGGACCAGAAAUUUGCAUCGAAGAUGAAGAUGCUUAACACCGUCAAAGUGUUCCACGCGCUCCUCAAGCAACAUUACAACAACAGCAAAACCCUGUUGCCCUUGCUGUUGAUCAUUAAGUGUCUCGUUAGAAAUUCAUACACUCUUCAGGUAUUGGUGAAGGACGGGAUCGCCAGCACGUUCGAGAAAACGUUCAUCUCCGUUGGUUACGCGCCCCAUCUGAAACUGAAGUUGUUGUUAGAGUGUUUCAAAUAUUGUACGAUGAACAAGCUCUGUUGCACGAAGUUCGUGAAGCUGGGCAUGAUGUACCUGCUGAUGCGGAUCUUCGACAGAUGGGAGCGAUUCGACGGUCCGUUGAGACUGAAAAUCUGCAAUUAUGCACUGAUCAGCAUUCAGCAUCUCUGCGUCAUAAAAGUCGGCAGGAAGGCUAUCAAGUGGAACAAUGGACUGCAAGUGUUGUACCGGUUCUGCAGCAACUGUCCGGAGGAUAAAGCGUACGAUUGUCUCCUGUCCCGUAUAUGCGGUAUCAUCAAUCAGUGUCUGGAGAAGAAGGAGUUGCCGGUGCCCGAAAUGUCUCCGGCAAGAUUCACGUUGCCGGAGGCGAACGUCAGGCCUAGCAGCGCUGAAAGCGGCAGCGACAUCGACAGUCAGGCGAACAGCGUGGCUUCCAUGGGGAGAUUGUACAGCGACCUUGAUUCCGGGGACGAAGAAGAGAACCAGAAUUCGAGGUCGAACGACACCACUAUGCACACCGCCGACGAGGUGGACGAAAGUAAAUUCUUCGCGGGCGUGUUCACGUCGCAGAGAACCGAGGAAGACCUUAACGAGUACACUGUCUUCUUCAAGGAGCUAGGCAACUUGUCUCAGCUCUGCAAGUCCUCCUCGGAGAAGCUGGUGCUUGGCGACCCUGCAGAGGAGAACAAAUUAAAUUCACGCCUCGCGAAAGGGUUCAGAACCACUAUAAAGUACGCGAUGAAGGAAGGUGGGAGUGGCAGGUGUUCACCGGAGAACGUGGUCAACACGAUCAAACUGUUCGAGAACAUGUCGUCGAACAUGACGGAACAGCAGGCGUAUUGCGUUGUCGCGAGUCGAGUCAGAAGCGUUAUCGAUUUCGUGAAGGUCGCUUACCCGGAUCUGGUCGGCGGCGAUGCGCUCGGUAAGGAGGAACCGUUGAACAACAAGGACAGAUGGGUCUGUCGAUCGAAGCUGCUUACCUGCGUGGAACGGGGACUUCAUGGUGGUACCCAAAUGCACGAGGUGGUGUACGAUUUGGAUGCCCAGGCUAGCUCUGUCCUAGAAAGCCGAAUCUCGAGCGACAGCCAUUUGUGCAACUGGGAUGACAAUAGAAUAAGAACGCCGUGCGACGACACGAAACACUUGCAUUUCGAGUCCAGGUUCGAAAGCGGCAACCUGAGGAAAGCUAUUCAGAUAGGCCUGAGAGAGUACGAUUUGAUCCUGACGCCCGACGUGAACAGCGGCUCCAGGCAUCAAUGGUUCUACUUCGAGGUCUCGAAUAUGGAUGCAAACGUCGCGUACACGUUCAACAUCAUCAACUGCGAGAAGCCAAACUCACAGUUCAAUUUCGGCAUGAAGCCGAUCCUGUUCAGCGUGACCGAAGCCCAGCUGGGUAGGCCAGGAUGGGUGCGAACCGGCGCUGACAUAUGUUACUACCGAAACUGUUAUCAACGACCAACAAAAGGGAAAAAUUACUUCACCACCUCGUUCUCCGUGAUAUUCGCACACGUGAACGACGUCUGCUAUUUGGCCUACCAUUUCCCCUACACGUACACUCAGCUGAUGACCAAUAUCUGGAAGUGGACCAAGAAGGUCCCUGCGAACGCUUACUUCCGUGUGGAGACACUCUGCGAGACAUUGAACGGAAAUGAGAAUCCUUUGCUGACUGUCACGUCGUUGGACUCGAAGAGCAAUCCCGUACAGAAUCGUAAGAUAAUAUUCCUGACGUCGAGAGUUCAUCCAGGCGAGAGCAACGCUUCCUGGGUGAUGCACGGUACUCUGGAGGCGUUGUUGAGCAACAACACCUACGCGUCGAGCUUACGCGACGAUUAUGUGUUCAAGAUCGUGCCUAUGCUGAACAUCGAGGGGGUGGUGAACGGUUGUAAUCGAUACGGAUUAACCAACGAGGAUCUGAACAGACGUUGGAGCAACCCGAACCAGGUGCUGCAUCCGGUGAUCUACCACACGAAGGGACUGAUGGAGUACUGCACGAGGGUGCUGCAACGACCUCCCCAUGUUUUCGUCGACUACCACGGCCAUUCACGGAGGAAGAACGUGUUUCUCUUUGGUUGCUCAAGGUCGGGUUCUUGGAGCGCCGCGGACAGGGCGAAACCGGACCAGCCGGUGCAGUAUUUGAUGUUGCCGCACCUCAUGCAAAGGAUAUCCCCGGCGUUCGCGUUGCCACUGUGCUCGUUCAAGGUCGAGAGGAACAAGGAGUCCACCGCGAGGGUAGCCAUAUGGCGGCAGCUUGGUGUCUCGAGAAGCUACACGAUGGAGAGCAGCUUCUGCGGAUGCGAUCAGGGAGCGUUGGCCGGUCUGCAUCUCGACACGAAACACUUGAAGGCGAUCGGUCAAGACUUCUGCCAGGCUUUGUCGAUGAUGAACGAGUGCGGCAAUGACUGGAGCAUCGACAAGAUCCCAAUGGGAGAAGGCAUUCCCGAGGAGUCAGGCUGUAUGGAGGAUGACAUAUCGUCCAGCUGCGAAUCCGACGAGUCCGAUUGCGAAACAUAGAAAGACAAUGCAUCUUGGCGAGCGCCGCCGGGUAUAAACAACGAUCUCCCUGCCCCCGAAAAUUUCAUUCUGCCUGGGUGUAAUUCAGUGCGUUUCUUGUACUCACCGGCGCGGAAGACUGUGUGCAGGUUUUGGUUCCCUCUCC